UCCAAUUGACGGUGCCCCCGUCUGACAUAGUUCAGUCGACGACGAACUCAGGAUGAUUCGACUACGUCUCUGGCAGUGGUGACGUUCUCGCAGCCGUACGAAUUACCGUUUCAUUGUGUGUUCUUCCUCCAACGUUAUUGCGAAUCGUGAAGGAAAGAAUUGUAUCGUUUCAACGUUGAAAAUCGACAUGAAGAUUCCUGUAUGGUUGACGAGAGACGCGAUUGUGCUUUGGGACCAGAUCGCUGGUCCGGUAACAAUGAACACGGUCAAGGUUCCACGUUACCAGUGAUCCGGUUCCUUUUUCUGGGCGUCGAUAGACGACCGCAAGGGAGAGGGUUUGUCAACUUCUUUUGGAAUAAACGCGUAAGCGUGGAAGAAAGGGGGGGAUGAGAUGCGAACGCGUCAACGCGAUUGAUAUGGCAACUGAUCUGUACGCGAAUGGAUCCGUGAAGUCAACGUCCGGCAGAAUUGCGGGCAGCAUGAGGCAACGUAAGACCGGCACGCUUGGCGCCGCGGCGCCUAUAUCUACGAAGGAGGAACGAUUGAAGUUCCAAGACAACAGGUUCUUGACGACAUUCGUACUCGGCCGAAAUAGAAAAAUAGCACCAGACGUCCUGCCUUCUUGUUCGCCGGGAAUAUUCCGACAGAAGUCCUUUCGCGCUUCGUCACCGCCGAAAAGUGCCAGUGCCGUGACAAAAAACCCAGCCGCAACGAAUAAUCGCGAUCGCGCCUGCGCCGAUCUAACCAGUCCACGUGAUUUAAAAACAUCAAACAGCAGUAGUCGGUCAAAAAGCAGCGGCGUGUUGCUUCUCGCGCGGGGCACCCGGGGUACCAGCAAGCACGCGCGCCUUAGCACGGUACUGGCGAACAAAAUGGCGUCCUCGAGCUCUAACACGGUGGUGCAGGGCUGGCCAAACACCAAGGACGACUAUGAGCUCAAAGAGGUUAUCGGGGUGGGAGCGACCGCCGUAGUGCACGCGGCAUUUUGCAUUCCACGGCAGGAAAAAUGCGCCAUCAAGAGAAUAAAUUUGGAAAAAUGGAACACGAGCAUGGAUGAACUGCUGAAAGAAAUACAGGCAAUGUCAUCCUGCAAUCAUGAAAAUGUCGUCACAUAUUACACGUCGUUUGUGGUAAAAGAAGAGCUCUGGCUGGUCCUCAGGCUUCUAGAGGGUGGAUCCCUCCUGGAUAUCAUCAAACAUAAAACAAGAACCACAAACUGUAAACACGGAGUAUUCGAUGAAGCUACAAUAGCUACAGUGUUACGAGAGGUACUCAAAGGUCUUGAGUAUUUUCACAGUAACGGACAGAUACACAGGGACAUCAAAGCAGGGAACAUCCUGCUAGGAGAAGAUGGCACCGUGCAGAUAGCCGAUUUCGGUGUCAGCGCUUGGCUUGCAACGGGACGAGAUUUAAGCAGACAGAAAGUCAGACACACGUUCGUGGGCACUCCAUGCUGGAUGGCACCUGAGGUCAUGGAGCAGGUGAGAGAGGACCAUGGUUACGAUUUCAAAGCAGACAUUUGGUCACUCGGGAUCACCGCGAUCGAGAUGGCCAGCGGAACGGCUCCGUAUCAUAAAUACCCACCGAUGAAGGUGCUCAUGUUAACCUUGCAAAACGAUCCUCCGACCUUGGACACAGCUGCGGACGACAAAGAUCAGUACAAAGCGUAUGGUAAAACAUUCCGGAAAAUGAUCGUCGAUUGCUUGCAGAAGGAUCCAACGAAGAGACCCACAGCGACGGAGCUGUUGAAACAUCCAUUCUUCAAAAAGGCAAAAGAUAAAAAGUAUCUUCAACAAACGUUGGUAGCUAUUGGGCCUAGUCUUGAAACUCGUGUACAAAAGGCCUCGAAAAGACAACCUGGCACGUCGGGUCGCUUGCACAGAACGGUUACAGGGGAGUGGGUUUGGUCGUCGGAGGAAGAGGACAGCGACGCGUCUAGCGCCGACGAAGGCAAGGAGGCUCUACCUGUUAACACGAUCGAGAAUCCUAGCAGCGAGGAGGAGGAGGAAGAGGUUUAUGGGCUGGUUAAAUCGGUACCUAGUAAGCUUGUUGUACAGGCUACAGACCAGAACGUUCCUAUAAAUUUGGUACUAAGAUUACGAAAUCAGAAGCGGGAGCUUAACGACAUUAGAUUUGAGUUUGCUGUCGGGGUAGAUUCAGCCGAAGGGAUUGCUGCGGAAUUAGUCGGUGCUGGUUUAGUGGACGGCAAAGACAUUGUCGUGAUAGCAGCAAAUUUACAAAAAUUAAUAGACAGUGCCGGUCAAUUACGGACAGUAACAUUUUCACUGAAUUCUGGUCAUGCAGCUAACGAAGUGCCAGACGAUAAGGCGUUAAUAGGAUUUGCUCAGAUCUCCAUCACCGAUUAAAUACUUGCAGCGCAUUUGAAAAUGCCUGGAUACCGUUCUUAAGCAUCGUCCAGAGAAUGGAAAGUAUCAAAAGCUCGUUUGAUAUUCUCGAUGACCGAGAAUAAUUGAAAAAGGAUUUUACUAAAUUCAUAGCAUUACCCUUUGUACCGCAAUUUUCUACAGCUUUUGCUACUUUCGCUUCUUGGGAGUUUUAACUAAGUGCAAUAAAGUAUGCAAAAUGCAAGGCGUUAAUAUACAGGACUCAGUGUGGACUGUUUGAAUGCAUAUUCAGAGCUAUGUACUGGCACGAAUUUAUGGGAAUCAGAUUAUCGAGCCCUUUUGUUAUAAAAAAAUUUUUGAAAAGUUAUCUUAUGCGUUUUGUUUUCGAUGGAAAACAAAAAUGAUCAAAAAAGUAAUCGACUUGUUUCAAAUAAUUUAAUGUAGCAAAAGGGUUAAGGAAUUCUGUCAAUUAAAUUCAAAACCCAUGGUAUUGUUAAUGGUAUUUCACGCAUGCCUUUUUUCUGCACAACGUUAGACAAGGCAAGAGAACGGAUAUUCAAAGCAGAAAGGAACAGUAUCACUUAUACUGGCUUAAGUUUUCACUCGCUCUAAUCAUUAAUGGCUGUAGUUUCACAUAUUCAAUUUAUAUCACUCAUUAUUGCAUUAAUUUCUAUGUAAAUAUUAGUAAUGAAAUUUCAGGUUAAGUUUACCAAUGCUUUGAAAGACAGAAUUUCAAAUAACUAAGCAAAUGAGUAAAACAACAAUUAUUGUUCGAAGGUGCUUAAACAUCUGACUUAAUUAUUUGAAAUACAUUCAAAUGGAUAUUCUUUGUGCGGUUGAGAAUUUUUUUAGUUGAAACAAUAUUUAAUUACCGCAUCACGUACUAAAAAAUGAAAGCAAUCUUCUGUACCAUAUGAAAUCGUUUAGCGUAUUUUCCUUAUGCUUCAUGCUACAGGAUUGUAGAACAUACGAAAGUACUAAUGAAACGUGUUUUGUACUUAAUUAUAUAGAAUUACGAAUAGCGGAUUUAUUAUUUUCUGGCUUCAUAGAUGCGGAUUAGCCAGUCGAAAAACGAAAAAAAAAAUAUAAAAAAAAAACAAAUUGUUCACGUGUCUGAAGGAUUUAAUAAACGAGCACAGGUAUUUUUAGAGAUGGUCUAUAACCCUUUAAAGUUUUACUUUGAAUCAGGUACAUGCAUUAUAUAUUAUGUACAGAAUUAUUUAUGUUCUUUUGACACUUCAUUUUGUUCUGAUUCUAGCUGGACGGAUAUAACACCUGAAAAAUGUAACAUCGUUUUUAGAAUAAUAUUUAAGUGAUCAACUUAUUAUAUCGUUACUAGUUUAUUAUUUUUUAUUUGAAAAAUUUCAAUGCAGAUCAUAUGAGAUUCCAAUGCGAAAUGCAUCCUAAGCUCACGUUUAAAACUUGAUUACUACAUCAGAACAGUUCAACUGUGUUAUUAGGAAAGAUCAAUAUGGAGAGCAGAAUUAGUCAUGUAUCAUAGAAAAAAUGACAUAUGUAUAAAUCAGACAGAGUAAUCAAAUGAAGUUAUUUGAAUUAUUGUGGAUAUUGAUAAUGAAAAAUGUAUGCAAAAAUGAAAUAUUUAUUGCUUAAAAGAAAAAAAAAUGGGUUUCAUGAAUAAAACCUAGAAUUAAUCUUA